CACACACACAUAAAAAACAAACAAACUCAAGCAAGACUUCCAUCCACUACUCUCUACGCUACACUUAGAAACACAGAGAGAGAAAGAGAGAGAGAGAGAGAGAGAGAGAGAGAAAUGGUGAGUGGCCGGAAAACGACGUCGUUGGAUACAGAGGUGGCGGACGAGAAGGUGGUGGUGGUGGAGAAUGGGACAACGGGUGGGUCGUCAGGCGGGUCGGUGAGGCAAGCGGGUGAACAGAAAGCAGCCUUGAUGAUCCGGAAAGCUGACGUGGCGCAGGUGGUGGUGAGGUUGUUGUGCAUGUCCACGUCUUUAGCAGCGCUCUUGUUCAUGGUCACAGCCAAGGAGUCUAGCACUGUCUCCAUUUACGGCUUUUCUCUUCCUGUAUAUUCCAAGUGGUCCUUCUCUGAUUCCUUCGAGUAUCUGGUAGGAGUUUCGGCUGCUGUUGCAGCUCACUCAUUGCUGCAAUUACUCUUAAGCACAUCGAGGCUGCUGAGAAAGUCUCCGGUGAUUCCCUCAAGAAAUCAUGCAUGGCUUCUUUUUGCCGGUGAUCAGUUGUUUGCAUAUGCGAUGAUGAGCGCGGGAUCAGCUGCAUCAGGGGUGAGCAACCUGAAUCGAACAGGAAUCAGGCAUACAUCUCUUCCAAAUUUCUGCAAAACGUUACAAAGCUUCUGUGACCAUGUUGCCAUCUCAAUAGCCUUUACUUUCUUUGGCUGCUUCUUGCUCGCCGUAUCUGCUAUUCAGGAUGUAAUAUGGCUCUCCAACAACUGAAUUCUUCUCACCUCGUUUUCUAUUUCCGCUUACUUUGGAUCUACUUGCUUUUGUGUAGCGUCCUUAAUAUAUAUAUAUAUAUAUAUAUAUAUGGUUUAUGAUCGCCACUAGGAAGAUGCCUGCAUUAUGUUGUUGCUUUUAAACGGACAUAUUCUUAAACUUCAAAGUCCCAUUUUGUAAAAUUAAAUGAUCAUCACUUUGAAUGUGAAUGAAUGUGACUUUGAAUUGGCA